AUUAACAUUACCAUUCGGUUUUACAAAAUGAAAACUAAUGACAUUUCAGUCACUGCUCAAAAAUGUGAAGUGCAAUUGAAGGGGACAACAAUGGAAAGCUACGGAGUCAAGCAAGAUGGCCGAAUGGAGGUGGAUGUUUUGUCUUGUGUAGAGGAGCGUUUUGCAGUUAUGCACUAACACAGUUUGUGAUAUAUCGUAUAUAUCCUCGUCCCUAAUUUAAAACCGUUGUUCAAGGCUUUGAAUACUUGUAUUAUGAUUUAAAUUGUCAUCUUCAACUACUUUCAAUGUCGGGAUCAAGUAGUCAACAGUCACAGCAGCAGCCCCCUCCGGCUCCACUUUCAAAGACAAAUGCUGAGCGUCUUCUGAAAGAUAAUAAAUGCAGAUUCAAGCAAUAUGACUGUUCUCUCUCUCGUCUCGAAGGUUACAAUUAUUGUAUGCAACAUAUUUUGGAAGACAAAAAUGCUCCAUACAAGCCUUGUAGCUUUGUCUUUGCAUAUAAUGGUAGGCCAUGCCUUAAACCUGCUUCCAAAGCAGAUCAUCGCAACAAAGGGUUGUGCCCUGUACAUGCCAGAAAAGAAGAGCUGAAGAGGCAGAAAGCAUCCUUACGACAUUUUCCUCCACCAUCUACAGAAUCAUUAUUAUCAAGUUUAGGGCAUUAUGUUUCAUCUGAAACUGCCCAAAGCCCUGACAAUCCAAUUAAGGAGGAAAGCUCGGAUGAACCCCUUGAUCCAUUCUUGGAUGUUGAUGCAGUUACAGUGAACUCUUCAUCAUCUCGUAUUCUGGAUUAUGCUAGUGAAUCAGAUUCUGAUGUAGAUGCUGCAAUGCUUGAUGUUACUUGGAAAGGUGGUGAUGCUGAUGCAGACUCAAGUGAUGCCGAAAGUGUUGAUAGCCAGCAAGAAGAUCUCCUUAAACAUGCUGGGGUCUAUACCUCAGAAGAAGCUAUGCAAGUAACAAGGGAUAAGCUUAUACGACUUCAGUCUUUAUACAUUGAACAAUUUAGAAGACUUCAACAUGUGCUAAGAGAACGAAGACGCAAAUAUCUUCAUAGUCUGAAACGAGAAAAAGAAUCCUUAAGUAGUAUAAGUAGUCAACCCCGUAGUUCCCCCCGCGAACAGAAGUUAUAUGAAAAGUUGAAAGCCUUGAAUCACUACCAUAGAAGGAAUGGAGUUGAAGCUGUCCUUCACAAGAAAGCUUUAGAAAGAAGGGCUUCUGUAACUGAUGGUAUGAAUGUACGACCAGCGCCUUUUCCCAAAUGUGUGUAUACUGAGGGCGGUGUUAAAUGUGGGGCAAGAAGUCUACCUGUAUCAAAGUACUGUCCCAAGCACAUCUUACAGGACACUCAUCAAGUUUUGUUCCGACCUUGUGGCUGCAAAAUUGGUUCUGACAGUGAAUGCAAAGAACCUCUGCCUGACAUAGCAGAGGAUGCAUUUUGUGUUUAUCACACUGUUGUUCCGGUCUUGCCCAAAACAAAGAUUGAGCUUGUUGAGCCAAAGACUGAAGAAACUUCAGUAUCAAAAGAGGGAGUAGAAACGCACCAUCAGGAGGAGGAGAUUAAACAGUUAAGCUUACAAUUGCAAGAACAACUGGAGCAACAAGACGUUCAAGGACUUACAUUACCAGACACCAUUGGACCUGAAAUGGACAUGGUCCUCGACUCAAAAGAUCAGAGCUUUCUCAAUGCUUUCUGAUUCAAAAUUGUAAAAUCUUAUUGUUUUUAUUUUCCGUAAACCAAAUAUAUCAAUUUGUAAUUCAGUGAAAUAAAUUUGAACAUCCUUUCAAACAAAGGAAGGACCUGUUCAGCACCACAAACUUCAUAA